AUGACAAGAGCCUUGAAGUGUGUUACCAGUAGCAAGUGCUGGGUCGGCAGCGCAGCCCUGGGCGCAAUUGCCAUCCUAGCGCAGGAGGGGGACUCUCUGAUAGUAACGAGUCCGAGACAAAUGUUCGAAUUGUUGGUUCGGAGCCGAGACGAAAAUACCUAUAGGGUUCGCAUCAAAGACGGGCUAGUCCAGUGGCUAGACUCUCCCGAAAUGCUGCCGGUGACGAACGACGAGUCCGAGGCCACCGACCCGGAAGCCUCCAUGUGGGACCUGAUUAUGAACGCUCCGUACAGUGGUUACUUCCUACUACACGAGGACAAGUUGCGGCGAUUUGGCUGCAAUAUUUGUGUGGUGGAUGAGAACGGUAGGAGUGAUGAGCUCGUACAGGUCUCAGCGACAACGAGAACGGUCUUCAAAUUUCGUGUUAGACCAGACAUCGAGCGACUGUCAUAA